UUGACACGUUCUUUCAGUUUAUAACUUUAUAUAAUGAAAAGCCUUAAUUUUAUUUAAAAAAUUGUUAGAUUUUAUCUCAUUAUAAAUUUUUAAAAUAUUAACAUUUUACAUAUCAAUAAUAAAAGGUAUUAUUGGUUAAAGGCAUGCACUCACAAAGUCACAAGCUCACAAUUUCAUCAUAAACGUGAAAAUAAAAACGUUACAACUAUUAAAAACGAAUAAAGUAAUUUACAAACUCUAAUCAAUGUGAAACUGUUUACAAAGUACAGUAUGUUACAAUAUGCCAAGAAGAUAGAAAAUACAAGUGGGCUUGGGCUUAAAUGGUUCUACAAUUGGGUGGAUUUACAUGAUGUACUCCCCCCGUUCUUUUAUUGAGAGUCUAUUUGGGGUUUUUCACGGGAAUUAAGAAAUUUAAUGAUUGGAAGUACAAAUAUGCAUGUGGUAUUGGAGAGAGAUAGAUAGAAAAAGUGGUUAAAAAUUAUUGAUGAGAGGGAGAGAGAAAGUAUUGGGAAUUGAUGUCAAAAAAAAAAAAAAAAAAAAAAAAAAAAAAAAAAAAGAGUAAUGUUGUCAAAAAGUACAACAUUUAAAUGGAAAUAGGCUCUUAAUUUUGAUUACCUCAAAAUAGAAUACACACUCUUAGUAAAAGGACAGAGGGAGUAUAACUGAACAUUUGUACUGCAUGUGAAUUCCGACAUGGCUUGGGUUUGUCUAGACUCUAAAAUUGAUCAAGCAUUUGUAAAUCAUCACUAGCUUAUUAUAUACCCAUGGCUUCUUGCCUUCUUCAAUCAAAUCAUCAGCAGAAUCAUCACGAUUUUGAAAACUAACAACAAAACGUUUAAAUCAACUUUUGCGGUUUUCAAUUUAUUUAAUUUUAAAUUUUAAAAGAAAAAAAAAAUAGACGAACGAGUACUAGAUAUAGUUUUUUUUGGUGUUCCACUCGGUUCACCGAACCUUUGAACGAAUCUGGAUUCGAGGAUCAGUUCUGUGUGAUUAGGUUCUAAUCUCUUUCCAAUUGUUAUUGCGGGGAUUUGAACACGCGGUUCUCUACCAAGUGUAGCCCCAAUCACCACUACAACAACAAUCAAUUAGUACGAGUACUAGAUAUAGUAAAAUUCUCAUUCCCAUCCUACACUUCCAACGUACCAAAUCGUAAGGUAAAUCUCAAUAUACUUAUCAAUUCUACGGAACGAAAGAACAUUCUAUUGUUCUUUAUUUAUCAAAAAACUUACUCCCUCAGAUUAGUACAAUUCUAUUCAAAAUAGGAAAUCUGCCUUAUAACAAAAAAGCAUAUUCCCUCAGAUUCCCGCGCAUUUUAUUUAUCGUUAAUCACCUAAUUACUUUCCUAUAAAUCCGUCAAAAUUUAGCCCUUGGAUUCAAUUGUCACACAUAAUCCAACGAUCCUCAGUAUAUGAAAAGAUCCUACGGUACAUUCUUUGAAGAACCCUUUAAAACUAUAAAUACCUCUCCAAUUAACUUCUAGGGCAUCACACAAAAAACAAAUAUCAAUUCAUCAAAGUUUCUUAUUCUUUUCUAAGUAAUUUUCUUGAGCAAUGGAAGGAUUAAUGGUCGUUUUCGACUUCGAUAAAACGAUUAUCGAUUGUGAUAGUGAUGAAUGGGUUGUUACUGAGUUAGGUUUUACACCACUCUUCAAUAAACUACUACUCGUAGAUACCAUGCCUUUUAACACUAUAAUGGAUACAUUGAUGAAAGAAAUGCAUAAACAAGGAAUUACAAUUGAUGAUAUUGUACAAGUCUUGAAACGAGUUCCGAUUCAUCCCCGUGUUGUUCCCGCGAUCAUAUCUGCCCAUGCUGCUGGGUGUGAUCUGAGGAUUGUAAGUGACGCAAAUACUUUCUUCAUCGAGACCGUACUUGAUCAUCUUGGAGUAAAGGAUUAUUUCUCAGAGAUUAACACGAAUCCGGGUUAUGUUGAUCAAGAAGGGAGAUUAAGGAUAUUACCGUUACAUGAUUUCACUAAAUCUCCUCAUGGAUGUAGCAACCCUUGUCCUCCAAACAUGUGCAAGGGUUUAGUGAUCAAAAGGUUACUACGUGAGCAAGAAUCCAAGAAAAUCAUUUACUUAGGAGAUGGUCUCGGAGAUUAUUGUCCUUCUUUAAUGCUAAGAGAAAAUGACCAUGUUAUGCCAAGGAAGAACUUUCCUGUUUAUGACUUGAUCUCAAGAAACCCAAACCUUAUCAAGGCCAAGAUCCAUGAAUGGGAAGACGGCCGUGAUCUCGAACGAGUCCUAUUGUCUAUCAUCCAAGGUAUCAUCUCUAUUAGAGAUGAUAGUAAUGUUGCUCAAUUUUUUAACCAUGAGAUCUUGCCUGUUACUACUUCCCAUCAAGCCUUGCCUCAGGCUCCCCGUAUUCCUGUUUAG